UGUGAUCAUUUUCGAAUUCGAAGUGGAUGUCAAAUCAAUCAAAAAAGUUUUAUGUGCAUGUGUUGUCAGUAAAAAGUUUUCAAGACUCUCCAAAUUCAAAGAGUCGCUAAUCAAGUUCGUGAGUUAUAAUUCUUGAAACGUAAUAAAAAAUUAAAUAAAUGGAGAUGAAUGUCCUUGCCGUCGGUAACACUAUCAAUAUUAACAGAAGUGAUGGCAGAGUUCAUCCAGCUGUAGUAGUAGCCAUCAACCAAGAAGGGAAUUUUCUAAGGGUUGAAUGGUUUGAAAAAGGGGAUACAAAAGGAAAGGAUGUGGAUUUUCGGGUAGCUUCUAUGCUUAAUCCGGCAGUGAAAUUCAAAAACCUUGAGUCCCCUGAUUCAACUAAAAGAAGUAUUCAAGAAACCAAUAUACCACGUAAAAACAUUCCAAUAAAUAACAGAAGAACCAAUUUAGGACGAAAGCGGGAACCUCCAGUAAGUGAAAUGGAAACUGUUGAAGUAUUGCCAAAAUUAACUACAAGGUCACAACUGAAAGAACAGAAUUCGUUGACUCAGGAAAUAACUAAAAUUGACAAAACUAAAACUGACAAAAAUAAAAAGAAGUCAUUAGCUCCAAAGAACAAUAACACAGGAGUCCGGAGGACGCAAAAUAACCAUAAUAAAAAACUGGCUGUGAUGGUUUCUGAAGAGAGAUCAAAAUUAGUUUUUAGUCCUCUAGCAAGUGAUGAAGUUGUUGAGGACCAUUUGAUAGCAGUUUGUGUUAGAAAACGCCCAUUGAAUAAAUUUGAACUGAAUAAAAAUGAAGUGGAUAUAAUUUCAGUACCCAAAAAAAAUAAUUUGAUCGUUCAUGAACCAAAGACCAAAGUAGAUUUGACAAGAUACAUCGAUAACCACAAUUUCAAAUUCGAUUAUGCAUUUGAUGACAGGUGCAAUAAUGCAGUUGUGUAUAAAUAUACAGCACAGCCUUUAGUGAAAACAAUAUUUGAAGGUGGAUUCGCGACAUGUUUUGCGUAUGGUCAGACUGGUUCAGGAAAAACCUAUACCAUGAGUGGUGAUGCCGCAGGUGGAGAACUAGGAAUAUAUGCUUUAGCUAUUUCUGAUGUCUUCAAAAUGAUAAGCUCUCCUAGAUAUAAGCAUUUGAAUUUGAUCGUUUCCUGCAGCUUCUUCGAGAUAUAUUCUGGAAAGGUGCUUGAUUUGUUAAAUGCCAAAUCUACCUUAAAAAUUUUAGAGGAUGGAAAGCAACAAGUACAAGUUGUGGGUCUUAAAGAGAAACAUGUAACGAGCACUAAUGAGGUGAUGAGUCUUAUCAGUAAAGGUGACAUAUUGCGUACAUCCGGUCAAACUUCUGCUAAUGCAAAUUCCUCGCGUUCCCACGCUGUCUUUGAAAUUUACCUCAGAAAGAGUGGAUCAGUGUAUGGAAAACUAUCUCUUAUCGAUUUAGCCGGAAACGAAAGGGGUGCAGACACGUUCUCAUCAGAUAGACAAACAAGACUGGAAGGUGGAGAAAUCAAUAAGUCAUUGUUAGCAUUAAAAGAAUGCAUACGAGCAUUAGGUAGAAAAGGAGCCCAUCUCCCGUUCAGGGUCAGUAAAUUGACUCAAGUUUUACGAGAUUCGUUUGUGGGAAGCAAUUCUAGAACUUGCAUGAUUGCAAUGGUUUCUCCUGGUGUUGGAUCAUGCGAAAACACUUUGAACACUUUGCGUUAUGCAGACCGUGUGAAAGAGUUAGGUUCUGGCGAUCAGAGUAAUGAGACGACAGCGACCAACAGCAAAAUGGAUAUUCCAUCAAAUCUUCCCUCCUGCAUAGAAGAUGAUGAAGAGAACACAGAACUGAUGUACACAAAUGAACUACACGAUUCCGAACAAAAACUUGUUGAAAAUCAUCGUAAUAUUUUAGUUAAACUUUCAGAGAUGGAAAAACAAGGGCAAAAUUUACUAAAAAUGACCAAUGGCUAUUCUUUCGAUAAGACAUCUUAUGUUAAUAAAUUUGAACAGUUAAUAGACGACACUAUAUCUCAAUUACUAGUAACUAAAGAUCAUAUUGAUGACUAUAAAACCAAAAUGGCUAAAAGCUAGACUGUUCUUAUAUUAUAACUUUUUAUUAUCUAAUAUUUAUUAAUAUCAUAAUUACUCUUUAUUUUCAAUGUGUAUGUUCUACUGUUCCUCAAUUUUUUUUUCUUAUCAGAAAUUCCUGUUGUAAUUAACUAGAUUUUUUAUGUUUGAAAUAAAUUUGAAAUUUUUA